AGGUAUUUAUUUUUCUCUAUGUACAAUUUUAUAAAAUGUGGUAACAGGACCAAAAUAUUGAAGCAAUAAGCAACCUUGAGUGUUGAGAGUUGAGACGUAAUGAUGUAAAGAUAUAUUUUAUAUUAUUAACAGCUUUUUCUAUAACAUCAAUUAUAUAAUAACAUUAUAAUCCUUAGUUCAACGGUGAAUAUCUAUCGGGACAAACAAAUCUGAAACAGUUAAUUAAAAAUGUCUCUUCCUAAUAGUGUAAGGCUAGUCACUUUUGAUGCAACAAACACAUUGCUUAAUUUUCGUGUGCCCCCUUGGGAAUAUUAUGCACUUGUUGCAAAAAACUAUGGCUAUAAGGGAACAGCGGACAAUUUAAAACCUAAAAUGAAAUAUAGUUAUAGCAAAAUGGACAAAGAGUAUCCAAACUUUGGCAAAGAUUCUAUUUCUUGGUACAAAUGGUGGAGCCAGGUUAUUAAGAUGACUUUAGUGGAUGAUUUACCUGAUAGUAAAAAGCUUAGUGAGAUUGCUGACGUUCUCAUUAAUGACUUUAAAACUGUAAAAUGUUGGCGUUUAGCUGAUGGCAGUGAAAACAUAUUAAAUCUGUUACAAAAAUCUGGAACUGAUAUAGGUGUUAUAUCCAACUUUGAUCCCAGACUUCAUGAUAUACUCAAGAAUAUGGGACUACAUGGAUCAUUUAAAUUUGUACUCACAUCAUAUGAAGUUGGUAUUAGUAAACCGGACAAAGGAAUAUUUGAGCUGGCCCAAAAUCAUUGUGGAAAAAUGAUAAAACCUGAGCACUGUGUACACAUUGGUGAUGAUUUCCGUAAAGACUAUAAGGGAGCUAAGGAUGCUAAGUGGCAUUCAAUACUUAUCAAUGAAAAGUAUGACAUGAAACAUGUUAAUCCAAAACAUGUGUUCAAAAAUAUUGAAUUACUCCACAAAGAACUGCUUCAAAUAAAGAGUAGGAGUAGCAACAACAAGUAGCCAUGGUCCAUGGAUAAUAGUUUAGAGAGUAGUCAUCAUAUUCUCUUUUUGGCCAUUUUAUACAACAAAUCAUUAGGUACCUAAUUCAACAUAUUAUUAUAUCAACAAAUCAUUAAUGUUCAUUAGCCCAAGUACAUGCAAUUUUAAUAUUAUGGAUUUAUUAAAUUUCAAUUAUUAAACAUUUUAGACAUUUGUACAUAGUGAUAAAAACUUAUUGUUAUUGUAUGUGAAUAUAUCUUCAUGCUUUCUCUUUACAACAUUAUAUUGUAGUAUAGGAAAAUCAUUUUAUUAAAAGAAAGGUCUACAGUCUAAAGGUCUACAGGAACACUGAAGUGUGAAAAAAACACAUUAUUGGUAGGCACCACUCAAAAAUGGUUUUACUGUAUUGUAAAUAAGAUAUAAGUAAUAUAAUAUUUAAGUGUAAUUUAUUUUAUGUUGAUGUAUGGUACCCAUCUGUAA